CAGAGCCGAAGAUCAGUGCUCGCUCGGCGUCCUGACAUCAUCGGGUGCAGGCGGGGCCAAGCAAGGCAGCAGGAGAAAGUAAAGGCAAUUCAGUACUUGUGUUGGCUUGUAAUCUGCGUCUCCUGUGCAAAGGACUGUACGAUAUGGCAUAAAAACAGAAAAUACAAGAAUCCCUCCCUCAGCAGGGCAAGCAGCAUUUGUGGAAAGAAGCAUUUUGGGUCAAAGGCCCUUUAUCAGAACAGGGAUCGAGGAAACAAUUUGGCUUCCCGCUUCCCCAGUUCAGGAUCAGGAUCUUCUACCUAUAAGGUUCUGCCAUGGACAUUGUACUACGCUACGCAGAUGACCACGUUUUCACACCGUAUGUGUAUCCCAGCUCCUGGCCAGAGGGUGGUGCUCUACGCCAGAUAAUCAGUCUCCUCAUUGUAACCAACCUGGGAGCCACCGCUAUAUAUCUGUUCUUUGGAAUGUUGAGCUAUUAUCUUAUUUUUGAUCAUACACUGAAGAAACAUCCACAAUAUUUGCCAAAUCAAGUGCGACGAGAAAUAAAGUAUGCUAUGCAAUCACUCCCAUGGAUAAGUAUUCCAACGGUUGGACUGUUCUUUGCAGAAAUCCGUGGCUACAGCAAAUUGUACGAUAACAUUGAGGAUUCCCCUUACGGUUGGUUUGGAGUGGUGCUCAGUAUGAUCUCCUUCCUCUUCUUCACAGACAUGUGUAUCUACUGGAUCCAUCGGUUUCUUCAUCACAGGCUCCUCUAUAAACACUUGCACAAGCCCCACCAUAUUUGGAAGCUUCCGACGCCAUUUGCAAGUCAUGCCUUUCACCCAGUGGAUGGUUUCAUGCAGAGUAUCCCAUACCACAUCUACCCAUUCCUCUUCCCACUGCACAAAGUGGUCUACCUGGGUCUCUAUGUCUUUGUCAACAUCUGGACGGUGUCCAUUCACGAUGGGGACUACAGAGUGCCCAGAAUUCUUGAGGGCAUCAUUAAUGGGUCGGCCCAUCACACAGAUCACCACCUGUACUUUGAUUAUAACUAUGGGCAGUACUUCACACUGUGGGACCGAAUUGGAGGCUCCUACAAAUACCCGUCAGCCUUGGAAGGCAAAGGACCACGGGACUUCAUGAGGAACUUGAAGGCCAAGGGAAAGCUUAUGGAUGGGGCAUUCAUCACAGCUGACAAAGAAGAAUGAGCAACUUUCAUUUCCCCAUUAUUGACAAGCCGUAAUCUCAAUGGAACUCCCUAUCUUUGUCCCGCACUGUUCUGCCACAAUCAACUCAAUGAUCUGCUAAUAUUUUCUGCAUUAUUGCAAGUGAGAGCAGUUUGAAGUAAGCAAUAUAAACUGUAGCCUUGUGUGAGAUGUGGUGUGGACGCCACUUCCAUAUCUCUUUGCAGAUUGGAUGUAAUUUUGUGGAAAGCCUGCAUUGAAUGUAGCACAGAAUAUCUGGAAGACUUGUGUAUCAUGGCCUCGAUGUACUAUUGAAGCAAGUGCUGUAGUAUCACUGAGCACUUCACAUUUUGGGUACAGGUGAUGCCUGGCUGUCCAGUUUUAAUUAUGAAAGAUAUUAUAAUGGGAAUAGAAUGAUUGCUGAGGAUCUAGAUUAUUGUGAAUCAGAUUACAAGCAUUAAAACUAAAUUCUGUGCCAUAAAAUUGUCCUUGUAUUUUAAAUAUUUUAGAAAUGUACUGUUGGUUUUUAGUGAUGAAUAAUACAGCAUCUGAAAUGAAGUGUUGAACUAUUGAGGCUUAAACCAUUUUGUUUUGUUUUUAAUGUUUAAUUACUAUAUGAUUUUUCUCUGUGCUUGUGAUGAAUUGUAUCGUGAAAUGACAUGUUAUUUUGAGAUUGAAAUAUAAUGAAUCAAAAAAUGAUUGC